AUGACCACGUACUCGUCUGUGGGAUACGGCGACUACAGUCCCAAAACGAACGUCGCGAAGCUAUUAGUCAUGUCGCAGCAGUUUAUCAUUGCAGCCGAGUUGAUAUCACUGCUCACUGGAAGCGGCUCGAUCAUCUUAAAAUCCAUUUCGGGGAUGAAGGACUCGUUCAUGAAAAAGAGCUUCGGUAAGGUAAAAUCGCUACUGACGUCGAAACGCAAGUCAAAGGCUCUAAAGAAUGGUAGGAGUGGGACGAUACAAAAGCCAGAUACUCCUAAAUAUCAAAAGUCAUAUGGUGGUGCACGCGGCCGAGUAUCAAUGUCAAGAGGAAUAUUCUCGAGAGGUAGGAAGGGUCAAAAGUCAGGUGAUAAUGGAUCUGGUGCACGCGGCCGAGGAUCAAUGUCAAGAGGAAUAUUCUCCAGAGGUAAGGGAUUGAAGUUAACGAGCGGAGGUGCACGCCGCUCAAUCUUGUAG